UCGGCAAGGGCGCGCAGUAUUUGUGUGCAUCUGUUGUGAGGUUAGAUUUUUGAGUAGUUCAGUUUUAACGCAGCUGUUACCGUGCCAUUCGGAGUUCUUUAAUGUUGAAUUGUUAUUUGAUUAAACUCGUAAAAACGGCUACAUUAUUUUCAUUUCCGUGGGCCCACGAGGGCCACUUUGUGAUAUGGCAGGUUAUCAUCAAAUUACGAACGGGGAAUACACAGAAGCUACUAUAAAUUUAAAGGAAGAAAGUGAAGACAGUGGUAAUGAAGAUUCUGAUGAAUCAGGCAAUACCGACGAUAUAAAACAAGUGAGACCAAAGAAAACAAUCAAUAAAGGACGAUGGAGUAAAGAGGAAGAUAACAGGUUGAAAGAGUUAGUUGAUGAAUAUCGAGAGAGAUGGGAAUUAAUAGCACAACAUUUUCCUGACAGAUCUGAUGUACAGUGUCAACAAAGAUGGACGAAAGUCGUCAAUCCAGAAUUAGUUAAGGGUCCUUGGACCAAAGAAGAAGAUGAAAAAGUUGUAGAGCUUGUUAAAAAAUACGGCCCUAAAAAGUGGACUCUUAUUGCCAGACAUUUAAAAGGAAGAAUAGGAAAACAGUGCCGCGAGAGAUGGCACAAUCAUUUAAAUCCAAACAUAAAAAAGACAGCCUGGACAGAACACGAAGAUAACGUUAUUUAUCAAGCACAUAAAGAAUGGGGCAAUCAGUGGGCAAAAAUAGCAAAGCUUCUUCCUGGAAGAACUGAUAAUGCUAUAAAAAAUCAUUGGAAUUCUACAAUGAGAAGGAAAUAUGAAGCUGAACUAAAUGAUAAAGAGAUUAGAAAACUAAGGGGAAAAAAAUCGAACAGUAGACCAAUAAUGAUCCUAACAGAAGCAUCAACCGAUACUCAUUGUUUAAAAGAAAAUGUACCCUUAUCAACAUAUGCAGAUGAAUGGAGUGAAUUUUACGAUCAAACAAGUCAGUCAAGCGGCGGAGGCUUCUCAGUUAACGCAACUUCUAGUCCUAGCCCCCUUACGCCUUCUGUUACACCCACUCUCAUACAUUCAUAUGAAAGGCAAACUUCUCCUUCGCCUGCUCUUCCGAAUCAAUCAAACAAAGAAUUUUCACCAUUUCAGUUUCUUAGUAUAUAUGCUGGUCAGACAAGUCCUGUUAAAUUGACACCUUUAAACGAUGAUUUAGGAUUUGAUGUUGCACCAAUUAGUGGUCUAAAACAUUCGGAGUUCAGUCGUCAAUAUAUUGAAGCACGUUUGGCGCCUUCUGUUCAAAGACAAACUACUACUGUACCUGUUAUAUCUAAUUUUGCACCAACGAGAGCUACUACACCGCCUAUUUUACGACGAGGCCCCAAAUCUAGAAAGCGGAGGGACAGCCAUAAUGAUUCAUCAGAAUAUGUGUUGUCAGAUGUAACAGCUAAUACUAGUUCUAGUAGAAGCGAAGAUAUCGAUGCAGUUCAAUUAAUAAUAGACGAAUCAAGACAAUUGAUUGAAAGCCCCGCAAAGAAUGGUGCUACACCCAUAAAACAGCUGCCAUUUAGCCCAUCGCAAUUUCUUAAUAGUCCUCAUCUACCAUUUGAUGUAACACUAGCGUCUACGCCUGUUAAAAAUAACCAUGCUCACAAGAACGCGUUGGAGAAAGAUAGAGAGUAUAGCCCUCUUACUACGCCUAAUGGUCUUCCAAAUAUACUUACAAAAAAUUCGGACAAACUUGAUGCAGUUACUCCAAACAGAAUUGCAAGAAGCCUUGUAAUGGACGAAACGCCCAGAACUCCUACACCAUUCAAAAAAGCUUUAGCAGAUCUCGAAAAGAAAUCAGGUCCUUUGAAAGCUAUACCAGACACUCCAACUCGUCUUGAAGAUAUUACUGAGAUUGUAAAGAAAGAACAAGAUGGGCUGCACUGUUCCGAUGCAUCCGACAGUGGCAUUAUGAUAACGAGCGAUAGUAAUUAUCACAGUAAAAGAAAAAAUGGCCCUAUAUUAGCAGCGGGAAAAGAAAACAUACUUCCAAACAAACGAGUACGUAAAGCUUUGGCUUGGAGUUCAACUACCACUCAAAUAAAUUCCUCGGAUAUCUCCUUCGCUGUAGAAACCCCUAGUAAAUCGUUGGGUGAAGAUAGCUUGUUUUCGACGCCCUCGUCAAUAAUGAAAGAAACUCUGGGUGUUGCUGGUUUGCUGGAGUUGACUCACAGUGCUUCAACUAAGCGGCUGCUAUCCGUAAGUGCCCCAUACCGAGCCCAAGGCCGCCGGACUAAUGCAGUCAAGCGCAUCACAUUUAACGAACCUCAUUGGACCGAUGUUCCUAAGCUCGACGUGAUGUGGGCAAUGGUAGCAUGUGGCCGUACACAAGAUCAACUUGAAAUGACGGAAAAAGCCCAUCGGUAUCUAAGAAAGUCUAAUUUAAAAAGACGUUCGUUGAACUUUUAUAAUACGUAAUUGUAUAAAUUUUAAAUUCGAAGAGCAUCAAUUAUAUUAGUUAUAGUGCAAAGCUAUAUUGUGUAAGGAUGUUUGAUAACGUUAUUUAGGUUUCUUUAACUGUAAUUGUUUAUUAAAUACCUAAUUUAUUUUAAAUAGAUUUUUUAUUUGAAAGUAUUUAUAAUUAGUUGCCAUACUUCCGAAUUAAUGAACCAUUGGUACAUUUAGUGUAUUAAACAGCUAGUCGGUAAUAUUCUGCAAAGUUUUCUUAACAGAAUAUGUUGCUAAACAAAUUUCAAACCUAUAGUUCUCUGUACCUUCAUAAUGUAGAAUUAUUCAUAUUUAUUAGGUAAUAUUUAUAUUUUGAAACUGUAGUUAUCAUUGUUUGUAAUUCGGAAUCACGUUGAAUUGUAAAUAAAUACUGAAACAGUGC